AUGGCUACCCUUUCAGAAGAUGUUAAACCCUUUUUGCCAUCACACAAUGCUCUUCGUAAAACAGUUGUUCGUUCCAGAAAAACUGUACAAUUACCACAACCGCAACAUGCUUUGGACUUUGAUCUUCCACCCACACUUU